GCUCUCGCGCAGGAGGAGUCGAGGCAGCGCGAGCUCUACAGCGCGAGCUAUUUAUUCAUUCUAAAACUGAUUAAAUACAAAUAAAUAUACACAUAAAUACAAAUAAAAAGGGGUCUAAUUUACAUAUAAACCGAGACCUCUGUGCGACGUUUGUUUAUAAUUUAUUGUCUAAAACAAGUGGAACUAGACAUUUAACAACCGAUGCUAACCGGAACCCGUACAACAUUAGCCGCCUGCUAAAGAUAAGCUAAGCUAAAUGCUAAGCUAAGCUAAAGGCUAACGAGACAUUUACAUCCUGACCGGUCAACGGAUUGAAGUUUUGAUUUUUAUUUUUUAACUUUCCACAACGUUGAGUUAUUUUUUCUGUCAAAUUCUAACUGAAAGGGAAAAAAAGGCGACUUCGCAAACGAAGCUGUGGAGGGGGAAAAAGCGGAUAGCAUCUUCACUGGGUGGACGUCGCGCAUCCUGCCGGCCUGCGGAGAGGAGCGAUGGCCGAGGUCUCAGCCCUCACCCCUUCUCCUCCGGCUGUGGCAGAUCAGCCGGUACCUCCUCCUUCCUCUUCCUCUGCUCCCUCCCUCCCUGCAGAGUCACCUAAACCCAUAGCUGUUCCAAAAUCUGCUUUGUACGGAGACAGAGCUGUCAUGGCAUCUGCCGCAUUAAUACCACCACGUAAGGAGACGUCUGUCCGUUUAUCGAACUCGGGAGAGGCGAUUACAGCACUUAGUGAAAAUCCUCCUCCUGUUCCAUCUGCUUCAGAAAGCACUUGUCUUCCAGACCGAGGUAAAGAGAGCUUUCCCACAACACCUGAACCUUUAAUGCAGCCAAACAUCUCACCAGAACCACAAGGAAGAGCAGCAGAUCCUGAAGCGCCGCCUUUUCCAGAGCAAAAUCCCACAACGCAACUCAAUCUGACCUCAAACUCCACGUCCUCGUCACACACGCCGCCUCGCUCUCCUCCGUCUAUUGUCCCCAUCAUCCAUGAUCCGUUAUCGGACCUGAAAUCUGAUCUACCUUCUCUCAUGGUUCACGAUUCGUUUGUGCCAUAUACGGUGCCACCCCCUGGUCAAUCAGGCCCCGCCCUAGACACACUGAGCUAUCUGGAGUCGGCGAGCAUGAUGUCAGGGACGCUGGAGUCUCUGUCAGGCAUCGGUGAGGACGGAAGCUCACUCGGGUCCGAUUCUGAGCUCAACGGUCCGGUUCAGAGACGCACUGAUAAAUACGGCUUCCUCGGAGGAUCGCAGUACAGCGAGGGCAAUGUGCUGGAUAUCAGCGUGGAGGUGGCACGGCACCGAGAGAUGAAGUGGUUGGACAUGUUCAAAAACUGGGACAAGUGGGUCUCUCGCCGCUUCCCCAAGGUGAAGCUUCGCUGUAGGAAGGGAAUCCCGUCAUCUCUGAGAGCUCGAGCCUGGCAGCUUCUCUCCAACAGCGAGGAGCUUCUGAUGGCAAAUGUUGGCAAGUUCGAGGAACUGGAGAGAGAGCCGGGAGAUCCAAAGUGGCUGGAUAUCAUCGAGAAGGACUUACACAGGCAGUUUCCUUUCCACGAGAUGUUUGCUGCUCGAGGAGGCCACGGCCAGCAGGAUCUGUACCGUAUACUAAAAGCCUAUACCAUCUAUCGCCCAGAGGAAGGCUACUGUCAGGCUCAGGCUCCUGUGGCUGCGGUCCUGCUCAUGCACAUGCCUGCAGAGCAAGCCUUUUGGUGUCUGGUGCAGAUUUGUGAGAAAUACCUGCCCGGGUACUACAGCGCUGGACUGGAAGCUAUCCAGCUCGACGGGGAGAUUUUCUUCUCUCUCCUGAGGCGCGUGUGCCCCAUGGCCUACCGCCAUCUGAAGAAGUAUAAAAUCGACCCUAUCCUCUACAUGACCGAGUGGUUCAUGUGUAUCUUUUCUCGCACGCUCCCGUGGUCCUGCGUCCUCCGCGUCUGGGACAUGUUCUUCUGUGAAGGGGUGAAGAUCGUCUUCCGUGUGGGUCUGGUCUUACUGAAACAGAUGCUGGGUUCUGUGGAUAAACUGCGGGAGCUGCAGGGAAUGUAUGAGACCAUGGAACGCCUGAGGAACAUCUCACCAGAGAGCAUUCGAGAGGAAAUACUGGUUCAAGAGGUCACAGCUGUCCCUGUCACAGAGGCUUUGAUCGAGAGAGAGUGCACCAUCCAGGUGAAGAAGUGGCGCGAGUCUCGCGGUGCUCUUACGCACCAGCCGGCCCGGAGGCUUCACGGCACACGAGACAUCCACGAGCAAAAGCGUCGUGCCGCCGCCAUCAGCUCUGGGGGGAGUCUGUCCUUCCUGGGCAGCUCUAUGUCUGCUCCUCCACCCGGCCCCCUGCGCUCCUCUUCCAGCCUCCUCUCUCUUCCUGGCUUCCGGAAAUCCAAAAAUCCGUUCUCUCACGGCAAAAAAAGCUCUUUUUCCGGGCCUUUUGUCCCAGAAACGCAGGUGUUUGGAGGCGGGACUCCUAUAAUGAUAACGUCCUCAUCUGCGCCACUACGCCCACCCGUUUCUGCAAUGGCCCCACCCACUGGAGGUGCAGGAGGGAACAGGCCUAGUCCUUUAGUAACAAAACCCCCAACAUCACCAAAAUCUCCAGUGGCAAUUGUUGGCCCAGGACCAAUAUCCGCACCAAAAUCUAGAUCAGAACAAACAUCAGCGCCGAAAUCUGAACCUCAAACAGCGUCUGCGCCGAAAUCUGAACCUCAAACAGCGUCUGCGCCGAAAUCUGAACCUCAAACAGCGUCUGCGCCGAAAUCUGAACCUCAAACAGCGUCUGCGCCGAAAUCUGAACCUCAAACAGCACCAGAAAUCGUAUCACAACCCACCUCAGAACCAGCACCAAAGUCCAGCAAGGAAUCUGCACAUCGUCCAAUCCCAAACCAGCUCCAGCCCCCUAGAGUAGUCUCAGAGCAAGUUACACCCACGAUCCCGUCUCCCACGGCCAACAACAUGCCUCUGCCUCCCUGUGAGGACGAGGGCAAGAAGAAGAAGAGGAGCAAGGACGAGAAGAAGAAAGAGAAGGAGGAGGAGAAGCAGAAGGCACGAGAGAAGAAGGAACGUGAGAAGUCGGAGAAGGAGAAAGCAAAGAAGGAAAAGGAGAAGAAGAAGGAGAAAGGGGGGAAAAAGAAGGACAAAUCCGCAAGCGCCGAGGCUGAGGAGAAGAACGGAGCCACAGCGGGCAAAAAAGUGGUCUAGUUUUCUGAACAAAAGAGACGAAUCGAGCACAAAGGGGGAAGGGGUUUAUUUCGUCUUUAAAGAGAACUGGAUCGGGUUUUAUGGCUCCGAAUCCUCUCAUUUACUGUCAGUUAUUUACUGUUAGAAAAGAGAGUCUGUAAAUAGAUCAAUAGUUCAUUAUUUAGUAAGUCAUCCAACCAUAAAACCUUCAUCCGGUCCCUCUGAAUCAGGCAGCGACCCCUAAGAGACGUCGUCCUCGUCGUAGAUUAAUCAAGGAGCUCGUAUUUAUUAAGGUCGCCUGUUAGCGUGUGCUCGUGUGUUUACAUGUUAGUGUAGUAGUGUAGUGUCGCUGUCCCGUGUUUCUGACUUGACCUGUAGGAGGCGCUCUUUCUUUUGCUCUUCAGGAAGAAAAAAAAAAGAAAGAAAGAAAGAAAAAAGAAAAUUGUCCCCUAGAGGGGCUGGAAGAGCAGACUGAACUGAAGCUCUGAGGUGCAUUAGAAAUGGUACUGGGGUCAGAAUAGUGUGACGUUCUGCCCCAAACUUAAUAUCUCAAUAGUCCUAAUGGCAUUUUCACUUCAUUUCUAUUUCUCAGCCAUCUGACCGUCUCGCUAUGUGUCUCUCUCUGCUUUGUAGAUGGGAUUAAGGCUGAGCGACAUGACGCCACGUUUCAGCUCACGAUACACAGACUACCAGUAAAAGACUGCGGAAGAAGUCUUUCAUUAAAAAGACUGUAAUUGAACGUCUACAAAAAAUAAAUAUAGUGGAGGCCGACACGACGUCGUGUGCGUUCCGUCCGGGUUCCUCCCGGGUUCCUCCGACCUCCCAAAAACACGCUGAUACACAAGACCGAACCCAGAGCCGUGUCCCGUCUCCCACUUCACGUCCAGAGGUUCUCUGAUCUUCCAUGAUCAGGAUAAAUAUCAGUAAUUCUAAACGUUAUUAGGAAACAAUUUGCUUUCAGGGUAAUUCUUAAAAAAAAAAAAAAAAAUUAAGAAAAGAAAGAAAUAAAAACAAUAUUAAUAUGUAUUGUGAAGUCGUCACAUCGCUCAGCCUUAGACGUUACACUCGAAGUCUUUCACAUGCUUUUUUUUUUAAUGUGUUGCUAAUUUUUAGAAGUGUUUCUAUCACUCCUAUGUCUCUCAAACUUUUCUCUUUCUCUCCGUGUGUCUCAGUCUGUCCUGCUCUAAUUACCCCUGAUCCUAUUUCCCCCUCUGUUGAAGCGUAGCCUGUCGUCUCCGUGUUCCCUGACAGACAGCAGAGUAGAAGUGAACGAGCCGAGAUAACGGUACAACACGACUGCAGUAUCUUAACCUAUAACGUCUGAACCUGCUUGGAUCGUGACCUCAGACUCCUAUUUAUUUGCUUGUCUAUGAAGGAAUUAGUCUGUUUGCACUGAACCCUCUUUAUUAUUAUUAAUAUUAUUAUUAUUAUUUGGUUUUUGUCCUGAAAGCACCACUAAUAUUCGACCCGUGUUGUUCUUUCCGAUGUUAAUGACUAAUGAUGUUCAGUAGCUUUAACAUCCCAAGCUCGUCACCUUUCGGGCUCGAUUUGCGUUGAUGUACAGUUUGUUAAUUUAACCAGAUGAACAAUUAUGUAUUAUUUCUGUUCUUUAUCGUAUUUUAGAUCGUAUUAUCGUUAUUAUUUCUAUGCAAGAAUCCAGAGGCCUGCGUGACUGGAAGUGUGAGAGCAAACCGAGGACGUGUUUUAAAGUCGUUGUCAUUCGUUGUUUUGUUUUGUUUUU